GUCAGCAGCUCUCUCACACUCACAAGUGGAAAUAAAAGUAGCUGCUCGACUACAUAACUUAAAGGCGCACAUAGACGACAGCGUGGAACUUUUACGCACGGCAUUUUUUGUCCUGACGCGCCAGAGGAGUCCACUUAUUUUUAUUUUUUUUAACCCUUUCCCCCCACAACUUUGCGCUAUCUGGAAUUCCUUUCCUAACUACUAUCAUUUUAAGAACAAUUUCAGCGAUGUUAUCCACGCACCUGCCCCUGUUGGUGUUGAACUGUUUUCUGGGUGUCGUGUCAAUCAGGACGGCGCAGGACCCAACUUUUCUGCGGUCCCCGUCGUCAGGGGAGCUGGAUCAGGACGUGGUUUUCCAGCAUAUGUCCAAACUGUAUGAGAGAUGCAAGAGCGAGCGGCAUAUCAAAGAGGGAAACACGAUCAGGACCUUCAGAGCAAGCCGAGUGCCCUCUGACCUCCGCACAGUGUACCACCUAAACCUUACAACGCUUCAGGACUCAGAGGUCAUCCUCUCAGCCACAUUCCACUUCCUGCUAGGACGGCUCCCUCCUCCAAAAGCGUGGAUGUGUAAACGCUUCAAGAGUCCAUCUUGCCGUCGCUCCCCCAAGUACCCAUCUCCGUCCGUCAGCCUGCUCCUUCACGCUGUCUCCUCCAGGUCAGGGGUUAGUUCUGGGUCAACAGGGUCAUUUCUAGGCAAUGUGACCUUACACCCCCACAGGAGAGGGGUGUGGCAGAUGAAAGACGUGACCCAGGUCAUAAAGGAGGCGCGGGACAAGGGUCACCUCCUACUGUCAGUGGAGUUGGACUUAGGACAGCAUGACCAGAGAAAAGCAGAAGAGUCAGACAUGGCCUACCUGUUAGUCUUUGCAGAUGACCAAGCCUUGGCAGAGCCUAACAGUGUGGCUCCGAGCCUUCAGAGAUAUGACCCAUUCUCAGAGGGAGUAGAGCCUUCAACUUCCCCUCACCUUCUGCGUGGACCCAAUUUCUUACCAAAGUUCAAAGGACGCAUGCGGCGGGAAGCCACUUCUCUGCCAGACUCUAUCGAUAACAAUGAGCUGCCUGAGGUUGACUACAGGCUUGAUGGAUACAGGAAGGACGGCCUUUGGGAGAGCUCGUGGUAUCCAGAAAUCAAACCCAAAAUGAAAGCCGGAAAACAAGAAAAGAAAAGGAAGAGCCAAGAGGAAGGACUCCAGCAAAGUAGAGGGAAUGAAGAAGAAUCAACCAUGACGACCACUGAUGGGUUAAAAUCUGAAGACUCAGUCUUAAAAAGACAGAAAGAUAAUCGCACACAAGUUGGUGAAAGUCGAAGGCACGAGCAGAGACAUGAUGGGAGGGAUCGCAGGAAGCACAACAAAGGCAGUGCUCACUCUCACUCUCCUAUUUUGAAUUUUGAUGAACAAACUAUGCGUAAGGCUAGAAGAAGACAGUGGGAAGACACCAAGCACCAACGAUGCUCCAGGAGGAACCUCCGAGUGGAUUUUGCAGACAUCGGCUGGAGCGAAUGGGUCAUAGCACCACAAGCCUUCGAUGCCUACUACUGCUCGGGCACAUGUGGAUUCCCCAUGCCCAAGGUGGUGAGGCCCUCGAACCACGCCACCAUCCAAAGCAUAGUUCGAGCCGUUGGGAUCCUUUCAGGAGUUCCGGAGCCCUGCUGCGUACCAGAGAAGAUGAGUCCUCUGGCAGUGCUCUAUCAAGAAGAAUCCAAGGAUCUGGUGCUCAAGAUUUACCCUAAUAUGUCUGUUCAGUCCUGUUCCUGCAGAUAAAACUACAACAAUUAAGGUGGAGGACAAAACAGGAAUAAGACUUACCUCUGAUUUUUAAAUGUUUUUUUUUGCAUUUGACAUAACAGAGUCACUCGUGAAGUGUUAUACCUACAGAAACAUAGGCUGUAGAACAUUUAUUUCCAUGUUUUCUGUCCUAUGACUAAGAGACUUUUAAAAGACUUUAUCAAGAGGAUCACAAAUAUGGACUUGUAUUCACAUUUUCUGUGAAAACAAAAGCUUUCAUGAUAAAAAAAAAAAAUCAAUGUUUCAGAAAAGCUCACAGAGAUAACUUAUAAACAUAUUUCUAUAUUUAUACUUUUUACGCCUGUGUCUAUUUUUAAGGCAUCCUUUAAACCACAUACUUCCAACGUUAUUCGGCUGUGGACCGCAAAGUUAAAUCACACAUUGCUUUGAAAUUGUACAAUUCCGUCAAACCACAUCUCCUUUUAUUAUUAUGAAUUAUUUUAUGUUCUACUGUUGUGUUUGAUAUUUCUAUAUGUUGUUUAAAUUAUGAAAAUGUAGUUGUCUAUAAGUUAGAGUAAAAAAAAGUAAUUUAAUCCAACAUUAGUAUAUUUUUUUAAAUACUUUUGUUUCAUACAGUCGUUGUCAUUCUUUGCUAAUGCUACAUUUACAUAUAAUUGGUUUGUGAGGCGGGGGGUGAUUUUGUGCAAACUAACCUAAAAGGGAACUACUGUUCCAAAAGAGGAGACUACAAAGGCAGGAAGAUUCCUCUCAAAGAUAGCCUCUACGCUGUUGACUUCCCCCACAUAGCCUCUUGACCUAUUAUUGCCCCACACCAAAGGCUGCAACGCCCGUGUCCAGCAAAUCAUGUGACUGAUGUGACCACGUUGGAUUAAUGGUUGAUGGGGACGUCAGCCACUUGAACUUCAAAACGUGGAGCACUUCCUCUUUUCAACCCAGGAAUCCCGCCACCCCCCUCGUUCUAAAUACAGGAUGUUCGCCUCAAAGGACUCCAGAAAACCUUAAGAAUUGUGUGUUUGUAAGAGGGAGCCUUGAUGUCUGAAACUGUCAAUGAAAUAACAGAGGGCACCUCUGAUUGUUCGACUAUUAUUGCUCUGUGGUCGCUUUGCCAUCAGUGCACUAAAGUUGGCACUGAGCUGCACAUCUGUUUGCAACAACAGAGGGCUUUGAAGUUGACCUCUGACGACACUGGACGGUCAUUUUGUCUCUAAAAGACAUGCCGUAAGCACUCGGGGACAGACAAAUCUGUUUAUUGCGCCCUUUUGGGAAAAGUACAGGUACAAAUCUGCUGUUUAUCCCAAAAGCUUACCAAGACCUUUUGGUGUAUACUGCUUUGUCCAUUAGAUGUUAAAUUGUUUAACAUGAUGUUGCAUUGUCUAUACAGAAAUUAUUUUAAUAAUGUUUUUGCAGACCAUACUUUUUAAAUACAUACCAGUUUUAAAGGCCUACUGAAAUGCGAUUUUCUUAUUUAAACGGGGAUAGCAGGUCCAUUCUAUGUGUCAUACUUGAUCAUUUCGCGAUAUUGCCAUAUUUUUGCUGAAAGGAUUUAGUAGAGAACAUUGACGAUAAAGUUCGCAACUUUUGGUCGCUGAUAAAAAAGCCUUGCCUGUACCGGAAGUAGCAGACGAUAUGCGCGUGACGUCACAGGUUGUGGAGCUCCUCACAUCUGCACAUUAUUUACAAUCAUGGCCACCAGCAGCGAGAGCGAUUCGGACCGAGAAAGCGACGAUUACCCCAUUAAUUUGAGCGAGGAUGAAAGAUUUGUGGAUGAGGAAAGUGAGAGUGAAGGACUAGAGGGCAGUGGGAGCGAUUCAGAUAGGGA